GCUGCUGCUGCGCGGGAACGUUGAUGUCGACGACGAUGUGGACUUGUGUGUAAGGUUCUGACAGAGCGACACUGAACAUGGAUCCCGCGGAGGGCGAGUUUCUGGCUGAGAAGGAAAUGGUGAAAAUAAUCCCAAACUUCAGUUUGGACAGAAUAUUUUUGAUCGGGGGAGAUCUGGGGCCUUUCAACCCCGGACUGCCGGUGGAUGUCCCGGUGUGGCUGGCCCUCAACCUGAAGCAGAGGCAGAAGUGUCGCGUCAUUCCCCCGGACUGGAUGGAUGUCGAGAAGCUGGAGGAGAUGCGAGAGCUGGAGAGGAGAGAAGACACCUUCACCCCUGUCCCCAGUCCGUACUACAUGGAGUUGACCAAGCUGCUGCUGAACCACGCGUCUGACAACAUUCCCAAAGCAGAUGAGAUCCGCACGCUGGUCAAGGACAUCUGGGACACGCGCAUCGCCAAGCUCCGCCUCUCAGCUGACCGCUUCAUCAGCCAGCAGGAGGCGUACGCCAAGCUGGACAACUUGACUCUGAUGGAGAUCAACACCAUCCGAUCGUUUCUCCUGGAUUCGCUCAACUGUAUGUCCAAACUGCGGACAAACCUCCAGCCGACGUCGAGCAAGGGACAGUUCACAGACUUGUGAGGGCGAUUGCCCCGGGCAUCAUGGACCUGCUGUCUCGCUCAGACCUGCUGGGCUCAACAUACGUGUGGACCUGACUGGACAUACAGUUGUACACUGUAAAAAUGUUGGGUUUUUUUGUGUGUGUGAAAUGUAUUAAAUGAGUCUCCAACUGGAGUGUUGUCUUCAUACGGGCGGCUCAGGUUUUCAAACUCGCUGGUUCCCCCUGGUCAAAGUCUCGCAGUCCACUAUCAUUUGCUGUUUGUGGACAUGUGUGUUCGGUUUUGGCUCAUGAUCUGAUGGAAGUGAGGCCAGUGACCAGGACGGUGGAGGAUCCCAGCGUUUAUGUCUUGUCUUUUCAUGACAGAGACCAUUUUGGUCCCUGUCCUUGUCUUUGGUCCAGGAUUGGUGGCAGAGUGGUGGGAUUGAUAACAACAAAAACAGGGGUAAAACAUAUUGAACCAGGUAAAAAUAAUUAAAUAAUUCAUAGAGAUAAAAAUGGGGACUAAAGAAAUUGAAAUCUAACACCAGGCAAUAUAUUGUGGAAGGAAACGGAAAAGAGAAAAAUAAGAAUUUAAAAUGAAAUUAUCGUUAUUACUUAUCAAUUUAUAAAGAAUACAGAUUUUUUAUUUAUUUUUAUUUUACAAACACUUGUUUUUCUUGAGAUAAUUUUUUUUUGGCCAUUGUCUCUGUUAUAAUGUUCUGAAUUUAAGAUUCCCAUUUAAUCUCGCCUUUAACGUUACGUGUUAAAUGUGUAAAUGUGUGUGUUAUUUCUUUUGUUCAGUUCUAAUUUGUAUUAGUUCAACAUAAGUAUGCAAAAAUAUCUGUAACAUG